UACUAAGAAUCUGCUUAAGUAAUGAAUUUGUUGAAUAUGGCAAAUUUUUUCCCUUCUCUAAAAGCAUCGAUUUCUAAUAAGGAUUGGUUUGAUCCUGAUGAUAAAGUUGCUGUUGUUGAUGAGCAAGAGCUUAUAAGGGAAGAAAAAGAAUACAUUGAAAAGCUGAAAGCAGAGGUAAACCAAGGGAAAGAUUUUGCACCUUUCGGAAAGAAAAAAGAAAAGAUUUCAAAUGUUGGCGAAGAUGGUGACGCAGAUAAUUCUGAAGAUGAUAGCAAUAAUGGUGAUAUAGAGGAAGACACUGAUGAGUUUGAAACAGCAAGUCCAGAACCUGAAUCUGGUGAAGAUGACAUGUAUGGAAUUACAUCAAUAAAUGAGGGUGAUGCAGGCUGGUAAAAUCAAGUCAGAAUUUAAAGUGAAAGACAUGAAUAUUUGAUGCGUUAUAUUUUUACUUAUAAAAUAAUUACCAAAUUUCUA